AUGGCCGCCACUAGAGCUCGCACCGAACAUGCCGCCGCCGCCGCCGCUGCCGCUGCUGCUGCCGCUUCUCCUGCGUCGCACAAUGUCGAUGAUAUGUCCUCCAACAGCGAGGCUGUUUCUGUCAAUGCAACCACCCACGACCACACUCCCGCCCGUCGUACCACCACUCGAACCCGUAAACUUCCCAGUCGUCUUAUGCCGUCCCCUUCACCUCCCCCUUCGCGUCCAUCCUCGCUCUUCAAUGCAGCAAAGCACGCCAAGGGCGGCAGCGAUGGCACAAACGUCCCACCCACACCUCCCGCGCUUGCUUCAACAGCUUCAGCCAUCGUCUCCAAGUCGCGUAAAUCCGCCAGGCCAGAUGCUGACAUCACAACCAGCACAACCACCGACCUCGGCGCUGCAGCCGACAAGGAUGACGCCGAAGAUCUUGGCCCAGGUAAACGCAAGCGUCGUCCUAGUAGCAUGUACAGGCCCCCUUCUACGUUGACCACCGUCGAAACUUUAUCGCCUGCCUCGUCCCUUUCUUCGUCCAAGUCCAAGAAAAAGGGACGCAGCACCAGUCCUGAAGCUCUCGCCUCAAAGGGCCAAUCUCCGUCGGCUGCAGUGGCCCAGGUCAAGCUCAAGAAUCGCCUCUCCAAGAACAGGCUGGAAUCUGGCACGCCGAUGUCGAAGAAGCGAGACCAGGCUAGCAGCGGCGCUCAGGACGAUGCUCCGGUGCCAUCGCUUCGUGCAAACGGUGACGAUUCGGACGCAGAUCUCGAGGCUGGCGCUUGCACCGAGUCAAAGCGCAUUCGGAUCGCAGACGCCCAAGACUCGAUGGACCUUUCGCCUCCACCUCUGCUUCCACGCGAUGGCUCAGCCAGGAUGCAGUUGCCAAUGCAAUACUCUCAGCCCACCUUCAUUCGCGGCGGCCGCAUCAGUGUUUCGCCAGAGGCUUCCACAAAGAGGCCACUCAAGUUUGGCAUUCGAGACUUUCAUCGACCUCAUAUGGCGGAUGAUGCACUUGAAUUGGAGCGCCCACGCAUCACCAACGUGAAGCGUGCCAACAAACGCGAGGCUCAGCCCUCCUGGAAGCGCUCUGGCACCGUGAUGUCUUCGUCUCCCAUCUCGGCUGGGCUUUCCAAGUUUGAGAGCGACGUGGGAGCGCCCUUGACUUACGCUCCUCUUCGCUGUGGCUCUCGUACCGCGGCCAGCUUCCGCAAUCUGUACAGCGCACCCUUGACCAGACGUGUCGCUGAAGAAGAGGAAAACAGCAGCGACAACGAGGACGAGGAUGACGAUGAAAAUGACUUUCACCAAGCUAUGCUCGACGCCGACUUUGACUUUUUCGACUCGCAAACGUCCGACUCUACCUCACCAAAAUCGCUCUGGCCUGCCUCUCGACGCAGGACCAUCGACGAGGCCGAGAUGGAUGACACACCUGCCACUACCCCUCGAAGUCCGCUCUCGGGAUGCGACCUUCCCUCGCCGGACAGCCCGCGCUGCAAGACCAAGACCGACGAGGAUGUGACCAUGUCGAGCGUCGAAGACAAGGUCAUGUCGUUCAGCGCGGGACGGGACUCGGUGUUCGCUCAUGCUCUACCAACCACGCAGGUUGGCGCCGACAAGCCACACCAGCACGCAGGAUCGCUUACACUAUCGCUGCCGUACGAUCCCGCCGUCGCCAGCUCGUCUCCCCAUCUGCGCGCUGCGGACCUUGACUCUGGUGCAGCGAGCGUGACCAAAGCUGACAAGGGUGCAACUGCAAGCACGCAGAUGGGCACGCCUGUCCUGCAGAGGCGAAAGCACGCUGGGCUGCCCGCAGGUCCACAUGCACUGUCUCCGCUCAAGCUGGGCGCAGACCUAAUGGAACGAAGCAACUCGAAUGCUCUCGCAUACAUGCAGCUCUCCCCCAUGAUUGAGAUGGAAUCGCCCCUGCUGAGCCCUGGGCUGACGUUGAGCAUGCACACCAAGCUCGCCGACUUGCCGAGCCCGUUUCUCAUGGGCGUUAGUGCAUUGCCGGAUCUCGAACAGCCAGCUCCGCUGGAUUUGCCCCCCACCGAGGGCUCGACCACUCCCAAGCACUCGAGUCCGGAGAUCUCGGCUGCCGAGCCAUCUAGCAUCGACGUGGCCCAGUCAGCACUGGCAAUAGCCAAGCCUGAGGUUGUCCAAGAAACCUCGUCCUCGCAGCAGUCUCAAGUCAAAGGACCUGAUGCCGCAAAAGAAAACACUGUCAGAGUGGAGAAGCCGACGGCGCGACGACCUGCUCUGCCUCCACCGCGUCAGAUCCGAUUCACAACCUUCACCACCGCAUCGGUCGAGUCGAAUGAUAGCAAGCCUCAGCAGCCCGAGACGACCAUCAAGAUGGCCGCUUGUCUGAUUCCCUCGCAGCAACAGCAGAACAGGCAGGAACAGCAAGCUGGUGCCGGCGCUGGUGCCUCGACCAGCUCCAUCUCUGAUCCAACUCCCGAAUUGAUCCAGUGCGGCUCGGGUUCAUGUGAAUCAGAUUCAGAUUCAUCGAGCCCCAUGUCACAAUCAGAUAGCGCGUCGACGGCUGAUGCCGAAGUCGAGACUAUCCUGUUUGGACCUCCCGAGAAGCUCGACCUGCAUGAGCUUGACCAUGCCUGGAACGGUGGCAAGCCUGGCCAGCAUGAAGACGCUCUGCGUCGAGCCACUGCGGAUCAGAUCCGCCACGUGCAUGUCAACGCUGAGUGA